GUCACAUAUGUUCCAGACAUUUCAAAGACUUUUGCCAUAUGUUAAAAUUUUUUACUUUAAUUUAAUUAUCUUACGCAAUUGCAACUUUAAUUUAGAAGUGAGAAAUGGAUUGCAUCAAGAAUACCAAUUUGAUCCAAAAUGGCGUCAAAGAUCCAAGGAUUAAAACGCACUUUGUCGUCUGGAAUAAGAAAAUUGAAUCAGAAACAGGGCUUCAAAGAUUUCAGAAAAUUAUCGAAAACAAAUAUAACAUCAAAUUUGAAUCGUACUGGGAUUUUCACAAAUGGUCCAUAGAAAAAUUUCCUGAUUUUUGGAAAGAAAUGUGGAACUUUUUCGACAUCAUUGCAUCUAAACCAUACGAUAAGGUUUUCAGAAAGACAGGAGCUACUAUCAUAGAUAAUGAAUGGUUCUGCGGAGCAACAUUGAAUAUGGCUGAAACCAUCCUCAGGAUCAGAGACAACAGAGUAGCUCUAUCAUAUUCUGAUGAGUUUGAAAACAAAGGUAAGCUAACAUUCGCGGAAAUGUUUGAAAAAGUAAAACUUUUCGCCUCAGCAUUCCGAAAACAUGGUUUGUGCAAAGGAGACAGAAUUGCAGGCUAUAUUUCAAAUAUCAAAGAAGCUCUUUUUGCAUUUCUGGCUGCUCUGAGCAUCGGCGCUAUUUGGGGUGCUGCCAUGCCUUAUCUAGGACCCAAAGCGGUAUCCAAUAUGAUGAAAGUAAUAGAGCCCAAAUUCAUAAUAGUUGCGGAUUACUUUCUUUUCCACGAAGAAGAAUUCUUCCCUGUUGAAAAUUUAACCACAGUUACUGAAGGUCUGCGAAAUUUGGAGAAAAUUAUUAUUGUACCUCAGACAGAAAAUACAAAUUUUUCCAGUAUUCCAAAAGGAAUUCUGUUAGAAGACUUUUUGGAGAGUGGAAGAUUAUCCGACGGUUUCGUGCCAGAUUUGGUUUUUGAACAACUUCCCCCCAGCCAUCCAGCCAGCAUUAACUUCACGUCUGGUACUACCGGCAUUCCAAAAGGGGUGGUGCAUUCACAAGUGGCACUCCUUGGAUUAAUGAGAGAUUAUGUUUUACAUCUAAAUCUGAAAAAUGGUGAUGUAAUUGGUAACUACAGCCCGGCUGGUUGGGCUGCCUGGAUCUGUCCCAUACCAAGUCUCGCUUUAGGGGUGAAACAGUUCUUAUUCAACGGCAGUCCUUCAUACAGAGGUAAAGGUCGAAAUUUUUGGGAUCACUUAUCGGAAAACGAAGUGACUUAUAUUUUCAUCUCAGCUGGUGACGUCAAUGAAAUGGAAGAAGUGAACAUUGUUCCAGGUCCUAAUACAAAUCUCGAUUGUUUAAAAAUUGUCUCAAUGAGCUCGAGUCCACCUAAACCUAGAAACUACAACUUUCUUCUUAAUAAGGUUAAGAAAGAUCUUUACGUUGGAUGUAUGUAUGGAGCCACAGAAUUUUUAGCGACCUUGUCAGCUAACAAUUUUAACAUGCCAGCUUAUGCAUGCGAGAGCCAAAUUCCUGCGUUAGGAGUGGAUCUGCACUGCUUCGAUUCGAAAGGCAACUCCAUCGUGGGUCAGCGAGGUGAGAUGGUGAUUACAACGCCAACUCCAUCUUUCCCGAUUUAUCUAUGGGGUGAUAAAAACAAUGAACGGAUGCGGGAAUCUUACUUCAACAAAUAUGGAACAGGAGUUUGGUGUCAAAAUGAUGAAGGCUAUUUUAAUCCCGAAACAAAAGGAUUUGCCAUAAUAGGAAGAAGCGACACUGUUUUGAAACAAUAUGGCGAACGUUUGAGUCCAGAUGAUAUAUACGGUGCAAUUGAUCACAUCAAAGAAUUGCAAGACUACAUUUGCGUGUGUCAAGACUAUAUUUGCGACGACCCCAGGAAUAUCCUUUUCGUCCAGCUCAAAAAAGGGUGCGUGUUCACUCCAGAACUGAAAAAGAAAAUCGAGCAAAGUAUUCAGCAGGAACUCUCCGCAACAGGUGUUCCAGAAGUGAUUAUGGAAGUGCCAGGUAUCCCGCGCAAUAUCAAUAACAAAAGGUUGGAGAGCAUUGUCAAGAAAAUUGUGAUGACAAACACCAUUCCUCAAGUCAUGAAUAUCAGAAAUCCAGACUGCCUAAAAUACUUCUGUGACAUUCCAGAAAUUCUAAAUUAUAAGUGAAUUGGUGUUUAGUUUUGAUGUCAUAAUUUUCAUAUAUGAUCCGAAGGAUUAAGUGCAUGCUGAAUCUGUGCUCUUGCCAUUGAGUGAAAUGAAACAUUAAAUAGAUAUUUGUAUUAUUGUAUCUUAAAAUAAAAUAAGAAUUUGUUUCGA